AAAAUUAAAACAACAAAAAUAUACAAUCAUGGCUGCCAAUUAUAAGAGCUGCCCCCUGAAGAAACGUCCCAUAGUUUUUGUCAACGAAGAGGCAGAACAAACUGAAGCCUUGGCUCUAACUAAAGGUGCCUUGGUAUGUGAAAAAGUCGAGAUUGCAGAGGAAUUGCAGCCUCAGGAUCUAUCAUUGAAACGUAAAGCCAACUUUGAAGAGGAUUAUGUGAUACCCAGCAAGCGGGAAUAUGUAUUAAAUCUAUCCAAAACUCCCGAGGAGAUGCCAUUUAGCUCGGCUUUGCUAUCACCCCCCAUGGAUAUACACUUAAGGGGCAUGACAGCAGCAACUAUGGGCUAUACCACCAAUAGCAACACCAGCACCAGCAAUUCGAGCCCCAGUGAUAAUCCCUAUCAGUCUGCCUUCGUGAUGGCAGCCGGUUGCAAUCCGAUCUCAGCCCUAUGGAGCAACUAUCAGCCACAUUUGAGUAGCUCAGCAUUUCCAUCACCAGCAUCCAGCAUCAGUAGUGGCAGCAGCAGCUGCAGUGGAUCACCACGUUCGAUCUACAACUAUCAGCAAUCAAUGAUGACACCGCCAUCGAGUCCUGGCUCCGAUAUUUGUCUAUCGGAACCCGAGGAUCUCUCAGUGCGUAAUGAUAUACCAUUGCCAGCUUUAUUCCACCUCUUCGAUGAGGCGAGGACUAACAGCAGCAACAACAGCCACAUUAGCAACUCCAGCAGCAUUAAGUCCAACGGUAUCACCAUCAACUCCACACACUCAUCAUCAUCAUCAGCAUCUCAUCAUAACAUAGCGAAAAACUAUCGCUACAAAUGUGAUAAGUGCCAAAAAAUGUACUCAACCUCGAUGGGCCUGUCGAAGCAUCGGCAAUUCCAUUGCCCGGCAGCGGAAUGCAAUCAGGAGAAGAAGACACAUUCGUGUGAGGAAUGCGGUAAGCUCUACACCUCAAUUGGAGCCCUCAAGAUGCACAUACGCACCCACACUCUGCCCUGUAAGUGCCCCAUUUGCGGCAAGGCCUUCUCUCGACCAUGGCUACUUCAAGGACACAUUCGCACCCAUACUGGAGAGAAGCCGUUCCAGUGCCCCGAUUGUCCACGCUCAUUUGCUGAUCGCUCGAAUUUGCGUGCUCAUCAGCAGACUCAUGUCGAAGUGAAAAAAUAUGCCUGCCAAGUUUGUCACAAAUCUUUCUCAAGAAUGUCACUGCUCAAUAAGCACACCAGCUCCAAUUGUACCAUAACCAUUGUGUGAAUAACGUUGACGUUCUUCUCUGAGCUAAUAUAUAUCAGCCACUACUACAUUCCGCAGGACAGACGACAAUAUCUAGAAAAUCAUUUGCCCCCAAAAACUCAAACCCUCCCUCCUCGCCUGUAAUUAUCCAUAAGUCGAUUCGGUUUUGGUGCUAAUUUAUUUGUGUAAUUUUUAAUAUAUUUUAAGAGUUCAUGUAUAUUUCCUCUAAUCAUCCACACAGCAUUUGACCAAAUUUAAAUAUUCAUAUAAUUUAUAAACAU